AUGGCGCUGGCGGAGACCAUCGAUAUUGUCUUCCUCGGCGCCCUCAGUCCCGACGAGGAGAACAGCAUAGGCCGCACCCGCUUUGCUGCCUGGUAUAGCGAAGCUUACAGACCGAAAGAUAUGCCGAGCGAUAAAGACACAAUGAUCCGUGUCGUGCGAGAAUAUGAAACAAAAGUCUAUAACCUCUCAGGAACACACAAGAUCCAAUGGAACGUCUUGAUAAGGCUCUUACACGAACAGGGUGUAGCAAAGACUGCGAUCGAGAUAAGGAAUAUGCAUCACCAUUUUGUCCAUGGGGCGGCAUUAAGCAGAUCUUUCUACAUUUACCUUGCCGAGCUUGUAGAAACUGCUGAGGACUGGGGCAGCGUCAAUCGGAACAAGCGCAGCAGCAAGGGCUAG